AUGAUCCUGGGAUCAGGGGCGUAUGAAAGGGGUACCUCUGUGCAGGAGAUCCAAACUAGCCAUGAGAACAUUGUAAAGAUCAACUCAGCAGCAGAAAUGAUGCAGUGCUCAGCAGCAAUGGAUAUCAUUUUUGUAAUGGAUGGCUCAUACAGCAUCGGAAAGGGCAGCUUUGAAAGAUCCAAGCACUAUGCAAUCAAGUUGUGUCAAGCCCUAGACAUUGGACAGGACAAGGUGCGAGUUGGUUUGAUUCAGCUUGGAUCUGUUCCUCGACUGGAAAUUUCCAUGGAUUCUUAUUUCACCAAACAGGAGCUGAAGAAACACAUGAAGAAGAUUUCUUACAGGGGUGGGGGCACCCAGACAGGCCUGGCUUUGAAAUACAUUCUGAGGAAGGGUUUUCCAGGGGGUCGGAACUCCUCCAGUGUCCCCCAGAUCGUCAUCCUCCUGUCGGAUGGGCGGUCACAGGGCAACGUGGUCCAAGCAGCUGCACAGCUAAAAGAGAAGGGCAUGAUCUUAUUCGCUAUUGGCUUACGCUACCCCAAGUGGGAAGAGCUGCAUGCCCUUGCCAGUGAACCAGUGGAAAGUCAUGUGUUCUUUGCUGAGCAUUUCUAUGACGCCAUCAAUGGCCUGUACACAACGCUGAGCUCUUUCUCUGUCUGCAAUGCUACACCUGCAGGUUGCCAGGCAGAGUCCUUUCCCUGUGAAAGGAGGACACUGGAAACAGUGAAGGAACUCCAGGGAAACUUUAUGUGCUGGAAAGGUUCCAAAGGAUAUUCCCCAUAUACAUCCCUUUGCCCCUUCUACAGGUACAACAAGGUCUACAAGAAACACCCUACAGUCUGCCACAGGACCAUCUGUCCAGAUCCGUGUGACUCUCAGCCUUGUCUUAACGGUGGCACAUGUGUGUCAGAAGCUUCAGAGGGCUACCGCUGUGUGUGUCCACCUGGCUACGGAGGAGACCCACAUUGCGCUCCUGCAUUAUCGCUGGACUGCUCUCUGGACUUGCUCUUCCUUCUCGAGGGCUCUGCUACGCUCACUUUGGAGGGCUUCCUCCGCCUCCGGUCCUUCUUAAAGCGCUUCCUGCAGACCGUGAUUGCCACUGACAGCCCCAGCAAAGUCGGCCUGGCGGUGUUCGGUGGAGAGACAAAAGUCGAGGCCCUGGUUGGGAAGUUCAAAGGGAACCUGAAGGGGCUUCUCCAGGCUGUGGAUGCGCUUCAACCCGUCGGUGGGCGGACGCUGACAGGGCAGGCGCUCCGCCACGUUACCCGCCACGGCUUUGUGAGCGAGCCGGUCUUCGCUGACAUCUCCGACGACCUUCCCCGCGUGGUGGUGCUGCUCACCGCCACGCCCGCCGUUGACGAUGUGGUCGAGGCCUCUAAAUAUGCGCGAGAUAGAGAGAUCUUCAUCGUAGGGGUGGGUCCAGAUGGCUUGAAGGCGGAGCUGAAUAAUGUCACAGGAAAUCCCCAGAGGACUCUCACCUACACAUCCCCGGAUAGGCUCACCGGAAAGAUACCUGAGCUCAAGGCCAAGAUCUGCAGCGUGGAUACACAAGGUUGUCUGGGUCAGGCGGCAGAUGUGGUUUUUGCCCUGGAUGCUUCCGCUGGUGUUGGCCGGGAGAACUUUGAUACGCUGCAGGACUUUGUGCGCAGCCUGACCGUCCAGUUUGACAUCAACCGCGACGUGGCUCAAGUGGCCCUGGUGGCCUACGGCAGGAGAGCGACCACUGUCUUCGGCCUGGACGUCCACGACAGCGGCUCUGCCAUCCUCAAAGCCGUAGGCGAAGCCAACUACAAGGGCGGCGUUGCAUCAACAGGCGCAGCUUUACUCCACAUCCAUUCUAAUGUCCUGACGGUGACGAAUGGAGCCCGACAAGGGGUCAACAAGGCGGUGGUGGUGGUGACAGACGGCUCAGGAGGCGAUGAUGCAGUUGUCCCGGCUCAAAAGUUAAGAGACAACGGAGUUUCAGUUUUUGUGGUGGGCAUCGGAGAUGUACAGAGAGAGAAGCUGAUGCAGAUCGCUGGCUCGGAGGAGCACCUGAUCUCAGUCCCGUCGUACGAGGAUCUCAAAUACUUUGAGGAUGUGCUGGUUCAGAUGCUUUGUUCAGAGGUAAAAAAACCUGUAAAUCUGUGCAAGCCCAACCCAUGUAUGCAUGAUGGGAUAUGCAUCCUGUCAGGAGGGAGCUUCCGGUGCCAGUGUCAAGGCUAUGAAGGACCCCACUGCGAGACAAGAAGCACGAAGCCCUCAUCCAGAGGUGAUCUUCCGAGGCCAUCUGGCCAGAGGAAGAAGAGCAGACAGAGAAAGAGCCACAAGGAGCUUCUGCAUCACUACAAACUACACCGUCGGAGACAUGCUGCCUGA